UGCCCCCCGAAAGGCCGCAGGAGACGUUGACGGGGCUUCACCGCCUCCCUCCCGCAGGGCCCUGCGCCGAUGCCGAUUUCCCUCUCGUUCUACAGCCUGGGGAGGACGAAGGGUUUAUUUAAACACCGUGGGAGCCCCGCCGUUGAAGGAGCCGAGCCCGCACCAGACCCCGCAGGCAGUUCUCUCGGCUCUGGCUGGAAACUGCAAUGUUUCUUGAGCUGCUGACUGCCCUAUGUUUCUGUCCCUACUGUAACUUACUCAAUAUAGAUGAAUAGUUUGGGUCUUGGAGAAGUCUGUUUCUUCCUUUCUUGAGGAAAAGACCUUCAAAGCGUGAACUAUCUUUGUGUCCUAUUUGCUGCCAAGUAGUUCCUUUCCUUUGGAGUUCAAUAACCAUGGGGCCAUCGAAAAGAGAAGAGAAAGAGCAGAGCAUAAUCCUGAUCAGCGAUGAUGAAGCUGAGAGCACGCUUGGGAAUUCAGUUCUGUUAGUAGACCCAUUGGAGAAGUCCGCCCUGGAAGAGGAGAAAUCUGAAGAAGUUGUGGAUGAGGAAUGCGAACUAAUGGUUACUUUCUGUAAACAAGCUAAAGUGAUGCCUCAUGCAAGAUACGACUGUACAAUACACCCGUUUGAGCGAAUGGAAUGUGAUACGUGCUCACCCCUUGGGAAAAAUGCUGAUAUUUGUAAUCAGUGCUACUGCUACAUUUGCGAUAAGCUAGCUUCUGAGUGCCAGAAUUGGACAACCCCUUCCCUCUGUCACUGCAAUGCACACAACAAAAGCAAAUUCUGGAAGGACCAGCGUGACUUUGCCUUGGCUGGUGUUCUUGUAAUGUUCAAUUUGGACCUCACAGAUAUAGAUGCAGACCUUCGGCAUGGUGGAAGUCUUCUAAUAAAAUUUAUCCAGGAACUUUCUGUGGAAUACAAUAAGUAUCUGGUUGGAGAAAGAAUGCCUCCCACACAACAUGAAUGCUUUUGCCUCCCAAAAUUGCCUCCUGGGCAAUGCAAUAUCUGCAGAUCACGCAACAUGGAGAUUGUAUACAAGUAUUCUGGAGUUUUUGCGCUGGUAACAAGAUUUUUAAAUCAGGCAGAAAGAGAGAGUCCUAAAGCUGCUGCUGUCAUGUUUCUGGGAGCAGCUAAAGAGAUAGCACUCCAUAAAGACCCUGCUUUAAGCUGGCAGAACCUUGGUCAUACUGCUUCAUUAAAGAUUGCUGUCCCUUGUCUGUUGCAAAGGAUCACAACACAACUUCAGAGGAUGCUGGUGUUGUGUGACUUUCCAAAAAAUUUGUAUGAAAAGUUUGUUAAUUUUUUUCAGUCCAUCUCACUCCCAUGUCACUGUUUUGGCUUCUCAAAUAGCUUGAAUGUUGUACCAUGGGACCAUGUGUUACUGACCACAGUUUUAAAAGGCCAGAAUGUCACUGGUCAAAGAACACAGAAAGGAAGAAAAGUAUUUCUGUGGGAAACACUCCCUGUUAUAGAGGCUCGAGUGGAGAAACUGGUAGAUAAAAAGAACUAUAAAGAAGUUGUUCGCUACCUGAGAGCUGUGAAAUGCAAUGAUACCAAAGGGUUAAGAGACCUUCGAGAUAAAAUCCCAUUCUACUUGUGUAAAACUGGAGACUUCCUCGAUGCUGCGCAUUCGCUGUUGUUUCCCGUCAAUAGCCUCGCCUGCUGUACUGCCUGCCGGAUAACACCUUUUCAGUUUGAGGUCUACCUGAAGAUGUUCAGAACAGGCAGUGUCCCCACUGGAAAGGAUAUGCUAGAGCCUGGGCCCUGGAUUACAGUUGGGUCUCCCUUGAAAGAUGGUGUUCUGGUUAAGCAGGCACUCAAACUCCUUUACAACAAUGUGUCACUAUACAGGAAUCCUAAAUGCUGGAGUUCCCUCAUCAUGAUCUUGGGUAGUAGCAAUUUGCUGGAAAAAAGUGGGCACCUACAUCCCCUAUCGCUGAAAGAGCCACCGCUUGACUUCCAAAAGGGGGUGCUCGCUGCCAGUGGCGGCCUUUUGGAGGAACUGAAGUCAAAAAUUAAUGUUUCUUUACCACCUGCUAUUUUGUCUCCUCAUUUGCACCAUGAGGCUUGUCUUAUUCUCGCAGUGCAAGCAGUACAACAGAUGCUUUUUUGUGAUCUUCCAUACUUGACUUCCUUCUUAGAGAUAGCCCUGGCUUUUGGGAAUAACUUUUGGGCUCUGAGGCUGUUACUGGACCAUCUUUCCUACGAAGAACAUGUUCUCCAUGGCACUGUCAACCUGAUUUUGAGAGAUCUAAAUCGUCAGAAAGCAACAAUGCUAAAACUGUGGCAAAACCUUGGUCCCCAGUAUGUGGGUGAAUUCCUUUGCCUGUUCCUGACUUGCAGACAUAAGAAGAUGCAAUCCAUUGGCCUGUUCACUCUGAAUAUUAUUACAGAGAACCUGCAUAUGUGUCCAUGGGCAAAGCAUCUUUGCAACUUCUUUCACAAUGCAGGAUUAAGGCACCUGCCCCUUGGCACUGCAGCUCAUCAUGAAGUCUCGAAGUUCAUAAACAUUUUUGAAAAACUGUAAUUUGGCAAAAUCUUCAGGAAUAUUUUCCAAUUUGUCUUAAUCUGAGAAAUCUCUUCCUGGAGUCCCCUGUGUUCUGCUUUGGUUGUCAUCUCCAAAAACGUUCAGCUAAAAACUGACUUCAGACAAAUCCAAAAAUGAGCUCCUAGGUUAAGAUGGUGAACAGUGGCUGUAUUUCAGCAGACAUGUUUGGGAAAUUUCCUUUCUUGUAGGUCCCUGUAUUAAGCAGUUUAAUUUUAAAGAAGUGGCAGGUUUAAGUUUUUUUUUUUUUAAAAAGCCAGUCUACAGAGAGAUGCUGAUGAGGGGGGUGGGAGGAAUGAGGGGAGAGAAACACACACUUGUGGUAGAAAGCACCACAAGUCUUUACUUCUGUUGUGUUGCACAGCUGUGCUGUGGGCAAGAUGUCUGCGGCAGAACAACUGCUGAGAGCGCUAAAGUUUUUUAAAAAAGGAAGAGUGCCUCUCCACAGGUGUACAACAGUAUGCAUUAAAAUGCUGUUUGCACACCCUCUUUUAUUUAGUGUAUAAUUCUAAAAAGUAAACCACUCUUGAGGCUGAAGGACAUUAACUGAUGCUUACUUGCUUCAAGAAACCAGAUUCAGGAAGGCCUAAUGCAGUAAAUAGCUUGUUUUAUUUGUAAAUAAAAACCUCUAGUUUUCAGGGUCUUCCAGUUGUGGGGCUUUUGUUUUUGUUUUCUGCAGUGGGUGACUGUUAGAGUGGUGCUGAUGGCUCUCUGGGUUUCUCAAAUCCUUAUUAUAGUGAUAAGUUUCAGAGUUCACUUCUGAACUGUGGAGGUAGAAAUAGUGAAAUAUUUCUAGCCUGGUUUAUACUCUUUUUUUUGCCCCACUACAAUACCUGUCUGCAUUGGUUUGGCAGUCAGGGGAAAAAGAAUCUUAAUAUGUCAUGAACUGUAUUUUGCACAUUUAAGGCUUUCAGUGGCUUUUGCAGCUUUUGUUAUCCUAAAUAAGCUAUGCUAUUAUUCAAGUUUUCUAUGAAAGUGUACAUGUAUCUAAAUCAAUACAAUGUUAAGUAAAACUCUGUAGAAAUUCUGUUGUUAUGUUGUCAGUUCUGUUUUGGUUUUUUUGUGGGGUUUUUGGUUUGGUGUGUCUGCCGGGUUUUUUGUGGGGGGGGGGGUUUGUUUUUUUUUUUUUUUUAAAGGGUUGCUGUACCUUUAUCUCGCGCUGUCCAAGAUCAGCCAGGACAAGCAGAGGUCAGUGAAGUCCCCUGAUACUUGGGAAUCUGAUUCUGCUGAUUGUUGGCAGGGCUGGCCACAUGGUGUCUUGUUCUGGUCUGUGCUCCUAAAGACGCACUGUGGUGUUUCAUCCUGGUUUCCAAGAGAGGUGUUUCUUGCAUGUUCCUAAUAUGAUCUUUCUCACCUCAUCUACCUGAGUAGUAGAAGGUCCCUGUUAGGGCUGAGGGGGAGAAAAAAAGAGGGGGAAGGAAGCUGCGACCACUAAUCUUCACAGGUGCUGUAUCUGUUUCGCCCUGAUGUCAGAGCUUUCCUUUCUCAACCUGCAGUCUGGCCUGUGAUGCUCUCUGGGUGCUUUCCCAGCAAUGCAGAGAGGCUGGACAGCCGACUGCCCUGAAGGCUUCUGUUCUGAACUCUCCAAAUUUUGUUAGUCCUUGGGCAUGCUAACAAUAGGGUGUUACAUCGUGCUUUGUCACUUUGCUGUGGGUGUAAAAUGACAACAGCAAAAGCAGCUGAGCCCUGAUAUCUGACUGAACUUGGACUGGGCAUAGACUUUGAUGUCACCCUGUUCAGUGCCCUGUGCAGGACCUGGCACAGGAGGGAGAGGGAGCAGGUGAGGGCAGGUUACCCCUUCGAGCCUGGAUUUACCAUCACAAGGAAAGGCUAGGAACUGCUUAUUUACUGUAAGUAAAUAGCAUAUCUAUUCAUUAUUUAUCUGCUUCUGAAUUUUAAUGAAUUAUAGCAGCCCUUAUAGUGAGCAUUAUACUAUAGAUAAUGAUAUAAUCUUUUAUGUAUGAGAAAAAGACUUUCUCUGAAGAUCUGCACUUGUCUUUGGGCAGGGGUUGGAUAGACAGGUAUAGUCAUUACAGUCAACCACCGUGGAAAACAUCUUCCCAUUACCCUGAGACUAUGACUAGCAUAACCCCAGAAGUAAACUGAAGGCUGAUCUCGCCUGCUUUGCUCCAGGUAUAAUUGAGAUGAACAGAGCUUAUUAAAAAUUGAAAUGUGUAGUUUGGAGAGGAAAAUGGGCACCUAGAGCUGUCUCAUCCAAAUACUGCAUUUUAGCAAACAGAACUCUGCUGUUUUAGCAAGUGUGUGUGUACAGCUAAUACUGCGAAACAAUAAAUAGAACAUUUGCAAGUAAGUGUCUGCAUC